AUGCGCUUCAACCACUUCUUGGUACCUUUGAUGGCGGGUUCGGUCGUUUCGGCGCCCGUCCACGAAUCAGAACCUAAACACCAACUCGAGAUUCGAAUGAACAACCCAGGCACGGUGGCCGUCGGAGCUGCGGGCGUUUGCGUAGCUUGCGCGGUUGGGUUCGUGGGCUACAAGAGCUUCAAGAUAGCCCAGGAAACUCUCAAACUCACCAGUGCCAAAUACACGGUUGACAUAACUGCUGCAAAUCAGGCAACGAAAAUAGCAGCGGAUAACCAAUUGCAAGCCGAGGGAAAGGCUGUGAUGGAUGCUUUUACAAAGACGAUCGAUAUGCAAACCGAAUUUAUAGACAAAAACGUCGAAGUGAUCAAGAAGGCUGAUCCAAAAAACGCAUUCGUCAAACAAUACAAGACCCGGCUUGAUGCUCUCAAACGUGCUUAUAUCCAGGGCCUCAUGGAUGGCGCCACUGAGUUUCCAGCAGGAAAAGGUUCGUUGGCUGCCACUGCUUCGUCAACAUACUGUCGUGGGUUGCAAGCACUUCUCGACGAGAGCCUCGACGAGAUGGGUCAAGUGGAAAUAAGAAGUCGGUCCCCCAGCCCCGCCAACCCGCGCACCGGCACCUCUUCGGGGAGCCCAGGAAGCCUCAGCAGGAGUAAUUCCGUGAGUUCCGGGGGGAGGCCAGGCAACAGUGGGCGCAAGUCGUCUGUGGUGAGCAGCAGCUCGGCAGGGGCUCAAGAAUUGCGCAUGGCCGAGGAAGGCGGCAUUCAAAUGCAGCCGCUCCAGAACACCGCUGCUCAGGGAACCACCGGCCGGACCACCGCCACACAGGGUACGGCAUCAGGCUCCAAUGCGCCACCAGGCCAAGCGCUUACAAGGAGGCCGACUGCCAAGAGCGAGAAGCUCAAGACCAAGACUUCAAAUUCCGACUUGAAGGGCAAGGCACCAAGUGUGCGCCGUCGCAUGGUGCCGUUGAUGGAGUUUGACGUGUGA